AUGAAAGGGGGGCGCGUGCGGGACAUCUGGAAGCGCAAGGGCGAGAAGGCGAUCACCUCCAGCAGCCGCGGCACCCUCGUCCAAGCCCACACCGGCAGGGUCCACGGGGCUGUCCCGAAAGACGAGCUCGACGAGCACUACCCGAGUGCAGUUGCUGUGUCACCCAGUGCGGUGCUGUCGGAGGACGCUGGCGUCCACAAGUCCGUCGCCGUGCACACGCGCAAAAGGGCCCGACAGGGGUACAAGAUUGGUGAUGCUGAGUUGCCAGAUACCCGCGACCCCAUCUCUGAGACGUUAGCGGACGUCGAUCUUUUGGACGACGAGCUGUUCAUGUUGAUGCAUCGUUCCGCGCACGAGCGCGUUUCGGUGACCCGGCAGCUUCUGGAGAUCAUUAUCGUGAAGUUCGAGAAGUGCGGCCUCCAGUGCAACAUGGAUCCCGGAAAGACAGAGGUCACUCUUGGACUGGGCGGCAAGGGCGCCCGCCGUGAACGACGAGCUUUGACAGACCCUACCACGAAGAUACUUUUUGACCACUCCAUCUGGACCCUGGACUGCGCCCCAAAGAUGUUGAUGGCCCUCGGGGGUUGUCAGUCUGCUGCUUCGAAGGCUUUCGCUGAGGACUUCGCGUGGGCCCGGCAAGCCGUGCCCACCUUGAGAUCUUUGCCAGACCCACGCCAAGACCUGUGGCCUUGGCUUGAGUUGGUGUCCAACCCAUUUGAGUGGAAGCGCGCCGUGUCGGCUCUCGACCCAGGGUUCCUCAUCCAGUGCCGUAUUGUAAGCGGCGGGCGGCUCGAGUACGCCAUCGCCCUGGUGCUGGAGCAGGCCCAGUUCGAGAAGAUCUGCGACAGGCUGGUGGAGGCGGCACCCGCGCCAGCCUUCACGCGCUACGCCACCACGGCGUCCAAGGCCGGGGGCCCGAAGGACGACGCGAUGACCUUGAGCAACCUCACCGUCACUGCGCUGCUGGGCGUCAGCUCCGUCGGGCCCGUCGAGCUCUGCAGGCACAAGCACACCAAGGAGCUUUACGCCCUCAAGUGCAUGAACAAG